AGUCUCUGUUCACCAAGACCUGCUCAAGACCUGGAAACCCCCACGAUGUCAUCAAUAUCGACAUGCUUUGGCUCUGGCCUACGGCUAGCAGCCGCACAGACGAUCAAACCACGUUCAAGAAGCUGCCUUGUCAAGACGUCCGAUCGCCUCCUCCGAUCGCUCUCUACGCAGGCGACCCGUAGAGCUACCUUCGGUCGCACCGGCUUGAACGCUCGAGCUUCCUCCUCAACGAUCGCACCGAGCCGUUCGAUCAGCUUCACUCCUCACUCGAAGAGCUCUGCGACCCUCUCUCAAGUGCCUCCGGCGGCGUUCAACCAGGAAGAGAGUUACCACCGUUCCGAGUCGAAGACGGACAGCUUGCCUAUCCUCACCACGUCCGCUGUGGCUAGGUGGUUGUACCUCUCAUCGGGACUCGUGUUCUUCAUCGUGGUCGUUGGUGGCGUGACCCGAUUGACAGAGUCUGGACUUAGUAUCACCGAGUGGGAGCCGGUAAAAGGGAUCCUACCGCCCAUCGGCGAGGAUCAAUGGAUGGUCGAGUGGGAAAAGUACAGGGUCACGCCUGAAGGCGUCUUGAUGAACUCUCAAUUGGAUCUGCCCGCUUUCAAGCGCAUCUUUUACAUGGAAUGGGCUCAUCGUAUCGCUGGUCGAGUCCUUGGAGUUGGCUUCAUCCUCCCGGCCAUCUACUUCGUAUCGAGGGGCAAGGUCGGCCCAAAUGUCCGCUGGAAGCUCCUCGCCCUCGCUGGAGGAAUCGGGUUUCAAGGUUUCCUCGGGUGGUACAUGGUGAAAUCCGGUCUCUCUGAAGAAAUCCUCUCUACGCCCGGUGCCGUUCCCCGUGUUUCCCAGUAUCGAUUGGCUAUGCACCUUGGUGCGGCUCUAUUGCUCUACACUGGGAUGGUACACACUGCCAUCGGGAUCAACAGGGACUGGAAGUACGCCAUGGGUCAGGGCAAGACGGCUGGGGUCGAGGUCAAGAACCUGAUGAGCGUUUUGGACCAGCCGGCUGUCAGGCGGUUCGGUAAAUGGGCUGGUCUUGUUACCGCUGCUGUGCUAUUCACUGCUGUCUCAGGUGCCUUCGUCGCCGGACUCGACGCUGGUCUCAUCUACAACGAGUUCCCUUUGAUGGGAGGUGCCAUUGUUCCUCCUCUCGACGAGAUGAUGGAUCCGCGUUACGCUCAAAAGGAGGACGGGAGCGACAAGUGGUGGAGAAACAUGCUCGAGAACCCUACUACCGUCCAGUUCGAUCACCGAGCCUUUGCCAUGACGACUUUCGCCUGCGUCGCUUCGUUGCCUCUGCUUGCCACUCGUCCUGCUCUCCGUCGAGCUUUGCCACCCAAUGCCAUCAAGUGGAGUAAAGUCGCCCUCGGUGCCGGCCUGCUUCAAGUCACGAUGGGAAUCACCACCUUGCUCAUGCUCGUCCCCGUCCCGCUCGCUGCGGCUCAUCAGGCCGGGAGCGUGGUCUUGUUGACGACCAUGUUGGGAUUACUCGGUACGUUGCGACGACCUAGCAGGAUCUCGAGAAUGUGGGCAGAAGCCAAGAGGAACGGGACGAGUUUCAGCACGGGGACUAGGACGAGGUUGAGUUCGGAAGCGUUGAAGGGGGUCAAGAGCGGGAUGGAGGCUCGAGUAAACAUCCCGUGAUCCUGAGCACCGAAUCAAUCUAGCAGUUAGACAGUGUAUCUGUAUCAAGUCGAGCCGCGAGCCGUUCGCCGACGGUCACUACCCAUAUCAUUCACGUUCACCAUUUGUGUCA